UUCCCCCCACCCCCUUCCUCCAUUACCUCAACAUUGCGUCGUGAAGUGGAUGUUUUGGUUAAAUAAAAUCGCGUCUAGGAGGGACGUUUAAAACAUGGCUUUCCGAACAAAUGGGACUUAUGGCGAAGGAGCGGAGGACAGAGGGACGCGUUAAGCGAAGGAUUUGACUCGUCUUCAUGUAUUCCUCCACAUGUCCUAUUUCUUCGUAGAUGGUCUCCGGCGAGCGUUGUUUGUUGGCGGCCGACGAGUUGUCGACGAGUAACAUGAAGGAGAUGAUUGGAGGCUGUUGUGUUUGCUCAGACGAGAGAGGCUGGGCAGAGAACCCGCUGGUUUACUGCGAUGGACACGGCUGUAACGUCGCGGUUCACCAAGCAUGCUAUGGCAUUGUGCAGGUGCCCACUGGUCCAUGGUUCUGCAGAAAGUGUGAAUCUCAGGAGCGGGCGGCCCGUGUGAGAUGUGAGCUGUGUCCCCACAAAGACGGCGCCCUGAAGAGGACGGACAAUGGAGGCUGGGCUCAUGUGGUGUGUGCCCUUUACAUACCCGAGGUGGAGUUUGCAAAUGUCUCAACCAUGGAGCCCAUUGUGCUGCAGUCUGUACCCCAUGAUCGCUAUAACAAGACAUGCUACAUCUGUGAGGAUCAAGGCAGAGAGAGUAAAGCGGCCACUGGAGCAUGCAUGACCUGUAACAAACACGGCUGCAGGCAGGCCUUCCAUGUCACAUGUGCCCAGUUUGCAGGGUUGCUGUGCGAGGAGCAAGGGUCGGAUGCAGACAACGUCAAGUACUGUGGUUACUGCAAAUACCACCACAGCAAAUUGAAACACAAAGAGCGGGACAGACACAAACCCAAACACAAGAAGACCUCCAUGGACAUGUCCCCCUCCCUUGUUCUUCCAAACAUCAUGGUCCCAGAGAAGCCCUACAACAGCAGCAGUUCAGUGGGAGGGGGCACCCCUCUACCACCACCCUCGCAGAAGCGACUGGACGAUGGCAGCGCCCGUUUCACCAACGCCAACUUCCAGGAAGUGUCGUCCACUCACUCGGUCGGAAGUUCCAAGGAUUGCCUGGCGGCGGACCCUGGGAAGGUGCCGUCUGACUUGAAGAGCAAGAAGAACGCCGGCGGAAGUCACGCGGUAGGACAGAGGGGCGGGCGGAAGUCGCUCACCUCCUCAGGGAAAGCCCUCCCCUCUGCCGUAGUCACCAUGGCAACCUCCUCCACAUCUGCCUCUUCCUCCACCGGGCCUUUCCACCAAGGGCUGCUGUUGACGAGUGCCAGCAAGGCACCCUCUGCCCCCUCGUCUUCCGAUUUCCUGAGCUUCUCAGACUCCUCCUUGCGUCCAGGAGGUGGUACUACCUUUUCCUCGCCGCCAUCUUUCAGCAGCUGCCUCGUAAAGCCCAGCUCGGAAGGCGGUGCUUCGGAGGGAACGACAAACCUUUUUGGUUCUCUCGCGACUACCGCCGUCGCAGUGGGCGGGAAGCUGUAUGAGAAUUCCCACAGUCUGUCAGCCAGUGAGACGACAAGCCUCAGUGGGUCCGCUGCCUACAAACGGCCCCAGCCCUCCAGCACCGGCUCGGGGAUCGCCGGAGCAGCCGCGGGAGGGGGAGGAGGGGAGGAUGGCGUGAAGAAGAAAAAGAAAGGCAACUGGCGCAACAGAUUUGGUCCUUGCUUCACCACAGACGUCAAGCCGGCAGAGUCGGCGCCCUCAAUGACUCUCCCCACCUCCUCCACGGGCAUCACCUCCUCCUCUGCUGCCUCCCCGUCCUCCUCGUCCUCGGCGCUCUCUGGUCGGCCAGGCUUAGUUUCCAGUGGUGGCUUAGGAGUAGGAGGAGGAGCAGAGAGGGGCCUCGGGGUCAUAGGUGUCGGCGGCGGGAUUCAGAAGUCCCCCUCACUCCUCAGGAAUGGGAGUCUGCAAAGCAACAGCGGUCCAGGUGUUUUCUCUGGUGUUGAUGGGUUGUCGUCGUCAGGGCCGGGAGCUAUCUCCAUGGGCGGAGUUACCUCGGAGCAGCCGCAACCCACGCCGUCUUUGGCCCCUCCCUCUCCCUUCACGGCCACCGCACCGCUGACCAGCACGGCCGCCACACACGUAAGCGGCCUUCCAGGGUCCAUCUUCAACCUGGCCCAGUCCCACAUGUUCGGUAACCGGCUGAAUCCCAACUCGGCCAUGGCGGCGCUCAUUGCCCAGUCGGAGGCCUCACCCGCAGAUCAGGAGGCUGGAGACUGCAGCGUCGGUGUGCAGGGCUUUUCCAUAAGGGCUUCUCCCAAGACCACCCCGCGCUCGCCAAUUGGUGGUCUGCAGAUCCGCUACGACCCGUCAGGGUCGUUGCCGGGGCCAGGGCUUGGGUUGCUAGGGGCGGGAGGAGGCGGAGGAGGAGGCGUCAGUGGUGGCGGUGAGGCGCUGCCCCCGGUGGCCACAACCAUAGAGCAGCUCCUGGAGAGGCAGUGGAAUGAGGGGCAGAGCUUUCUCCUGCAGCAGGGCGCGCAGGGAGAUGUGGUGGCCAUGUUGAAAUCUCUGCAUCAGCUGCAGGAGGAGAACAGGAGGCUGGAAGAGCAGAUUAAAACACUUACCAUGAAGAAGGAGAGACUGCAACUCCUCAGUGCUCAGCUAUCAGUGCCUUUCACACCCACCUCAGCAUCCUCUGAUGUAAAGGGAGGAGCCCCUGACUCAUCUUUACCUGUGGCUGCUCAGGACAGCGCGUCAUGUGGCGGCCACAGCAGUAGUGGCUCCACCUCCUCCCUGUCCACCCCCCCUUCACUUUCCCAGAGCCCGCCACAGCCGCAGCUAAAUGGCAUCGUGGCCGCGGGGACGACCCCUGUGUCUGGCCUGAUGGGCACUUUCGGGGCUGGAAGCACGCUCGGCAUGGGGGGCAUCACGCUGAACGGAGUGAUCCAGACUUCGGUAGGGACCGGCAGCCCACAUGCGAGUGCGGCCGUCACGCUGGCCGUCAAUAACAGCUCUGCAACUAGUAAGAACAGUGCUGCACGGCUCGCCCUGUCUGACCAGCAGAGGCUCCUCAUCCAGCAGCAUCAACUCCAGCAGCUGCUCGCAUCCCAGCCGUCAGCGGAGCACUUCCAUUGACUACCCCUGUGUCCCUUCCCCGUUUCCCCAUUUCUUGUCUGAAACAUCACCCCCCCCCACAUUUCCCUGCUCCACCCCAGCAGCUCUAGCAGCAUCAGGAUCAGCCACAUUUGCGCCGCAUCUACCACUCAGCUGCCCGUCAACCGCCAUGGCAGCCCAAGCCCCUCCUGGCGCUCCAGUGCACUUACACGUUACCCCUCAGGGCUAACUGAGGAGGAUUGCUUUGCAGAAGACAUGACGUUCCAUUUAUACAAAAAAAAAUAGUAGCAAAACUUAAUUUCAUUCUUUACACAGCCUCCUGUGUACCUGUUUUUACUAUUUAUUUUCAUUUUGUGCUGCUUUAAAAUCUCUGCUGUGAUGCCACUUUUUUUUUUUUCAUGCUGAGUUCUUGUGGGAUGUUUUUUUUUUCCGACUCCAACCCCGGUCUGGUCUUUCUGCUGUGUCACUCUCUCAGGGGGCCUCUGUGCACAUGUUAGCACAUGCGCUAGCACACAAGACUGCAAACAAAGAUGUCAUUUAAAAAAAAAAAAAAACAGUUUCCCUACCAUAAUAGCAGAUGCAUGUUUAUUAGCAUCUGUCUGUCUUAGUGUCAAGCCUUGCUUAUGACUCUCUAGGCCACACAGAUGAAGGGGGGCUCAAGACGCAAGAGAGCCCCCUUGCUGUACCUACCUCUCGCCAACACACCGGACCUAAAUGGUUGACAGCAGCAGCCAAUUUAAAAACAAACGAACAAAAAAAAAACGGCCAAUCAGGGUCCACGCCCAAGUGCCUGAGGCCAAACUUUUUUAUUUUAAUUUUUUGUUAUUAUAAUUUUUUUUUUUUUUUUUUUUUUACUUUUGUCCCAUUUUCUCAUAUCUGGGGUUGGGCAUCGUUUGAAUUUGAGCGAUUCCGGUUCCGAUUCAGAUCCCUCUUUUGUUCCCGGUUCGUAACGAUUCUCGAUUCCGAUUCUUUACAAAGGUAGGUUCAUAAAGGUUUGCAUGGUUUAAAUGAGGCCACUAACCAAAGUGUUUGGAUGAAAUGUCUCCAUGAUUUUUUUUUUUAAUUAUAUGAAAUUUUCACGUUUACAAUUCAUUUUUAUUUUUGAAAACUUUAUGAAAAAGCAAUGACACAUAUCCUGUUAUUUGCGUUGGAGAGUGUCUUAUGAUGCAGAAUAGACAAAGUGUAACUUAACCAGGUUACUGAGUUCCUACUAACCUGCGUGCAGUAUAUCAAACAAGUAAGGUGAAUAGAGUAACACUUAACACAGGGUCUGGUUACUGGCUAAAGCUAGCGCUAACGUCGGGUAAAGUACACAGCAUUACGGAUAUUUUAGUUGGCCACUGUAUUCGCAGUAUAAUUUGUUGCUGCUUCAAUGUUGGCACAAGAUCGACGUAAUUUAUUGUUUUACUUACCUGACUUGUUGGAAGAAGUCCGGCGUAGCGCGUCAAAAAACGGGGCACUGUGUACACUGCGAAUCUGGAGGUGUUUCAUCCUGUGAGCAGUGCACCCUUCUUUGCAUGAAAUGAUGGCUUUGUAAAUGUUUCACGGUGUCGAUCGUUGACUUUUUAGCAGAUUUGCAGCCAAACUUUCCAGCGCCGUCGCACACUGUCCAUGUCUGAAAUGGAUGCACACAAAUGCUUCCUGACGCUUCUCCUUUGUGGGUGUUCGCCGGCUUUUUCCUGGUUUGUGUAAUGCGGCCAUUUUUGCCGCUCGGCAGGCUGGGUCACUGAACGUAAGGAUAAAAAAAAAUAAUAAUAAAUUAACGAUUCCGGCAGAAUCGGAACGUAAGUUUUCCGGUUUCCAUCGAUGGUCGAUGCCCAACCCUACUCAUAUUUCUGUGCUGCUUGUUGCUAAGGCAACAGAUAACAAAACAUUCAAUGAAAACCAGGAAAUGAUGUAUCCUCAAAAAGCCAACUUUUCUAUGGCGCUUUUUAUUUAUUUGUUUAUGUCACGGCUAUAAGAUGAUACGAUGUUGCUAUUUAACAUCCCCUUGUACUACUGUGUAUAGUUUUGUCCCCCCCCCCUCCCUAUAAGCUCUUGACUUCUAGUCUGUGUUUAAAAAGUUGAUCAUUGAUAACAGGAGGGGUGAGACUGCAGCUGUUUAGAAUGGGUGGCAUGGUUUUUACCUCGUUAAAUGUAAAUAGAUCUUUCUCAUUGGCCGUCGGUGUACAUAAGUGAUCGUGUUUGUGCAAAGGAAAGCCAAUGACGCCUCCGUUGAUAUGUGUGAAUUUUUCUUAGGACCAGACAAUAAGGUUAAAGGUGACUGGACACACAAAGUAUUAAUUUAUUUUUAUAUGUGCAGGGACAUUUUUGUUUUUUCUUGACAUUUUAUACUCCUGGGCACCGUGUUUUCAUCUGUGCACGUUUUUUUGGGGGUUUUUUGCUUUGUAUCAGUUUUGUACAAGUGAAAAAAUAAGCGGUGGGUGGGAACAUUGUAUUGUAUUUCAGAUCACAAAUUAAAGAAACACUCUGGAUUAAUUAA